GGGUGUUGAUUGACAGCUACAGCCAUUCGAGCAAAAGGGUCUGCAGGCUAGUCUCUGAGAAGUUGGAAUGGUGAGGGCAGAUUUGCCUCCAUUGUAUUAGAGCCAUUAUUUUUGUAUAUUAGAGACGUGUAAACCGGGGCUCCAUUGUGUUAUAAAAAAAAACAGAGGGAGGCAAAAGCAGCCCAGGGAGUGGACUUUGUGGCUUGACCCCGGAGAGAGCGGCGUUGGAUUGAAGACUCACCCAAGGGUUUGGGGGCUGCGAUUGGACUUGGUUUCUGUGCCGGGACCCGAGCUUUGGAAAAGGCAAGGGGAGAGACAGAGACAGAGACAGAGAGAGUGUGUCUGACCCUAACAGACCAGCAGCAGAAUGAGUUCCAAGCGGACGGUCCGCUCCUAUUCUGCCAAUGGCCGCUAUUCUUUGGACAUCAAGGAGGAAGAUGAGCCUCCAUCCAGGGGAGAGGCCAGUCGUAACUACAUCCUCAAUGUUCGCCCGGAGAGCAGACAAACGUUUUGUAACAUCAUUGCUCAGAUAACCGAAGAGACCCAGCCAGGAUUCGAAACCACGUUGAAGUCCCAUGCAGUGUCCGAGGACACUGAUGUCAAGUUUACCUGCAUAGUUACAGGUCACCCAGCACCAGAGAUCACUUGGUACAAAGACGACAAGGAGAUGGACCGAUACUGCGGCCUUCCCAAAUACCAAAUAUUCCGCUACGGGAAGAAGCACUCUCUUCACCUGUAUAAGUAAGUGGGGGAGCGGUGACAUCACUGCCCAGGGCCCAGACUGGAACUUCAGGGUGGUUUCAAAUCCAUCGCAACUGGUGGGAUUUAGAUUUAGCUAGUUAUACCGCAAACCUUAUAUUAACCAGCCCCUAUGGGACCAGGAGUGUCCCAGGUGAUCAAAUAUUCCAGAUAAUCGAGAGGUACGCAUCACCGCAGUAAAUCCUGACCAAGCAAAGUUAAAAAUCACACAGGUUAUAGUCCAACAGGUUUAUUU